UUUUCUUCUAUUUUUUAAGCGUCCUCAUGGUUUUCAGGCAUUUUAUAAUUUUCUUAGAGUUUGCGGAUGUCCGCAAAUUUUUUGCGGACAAAAUUUGCGGAUGUCCGCAAAUCUUUUAUUUGUCCUUGAAUGCCCCCAUAUUCUUUAUUUCCCUUAAAUUCCCCUCAAAUUUCUCUCUUUUUAUUUUUUAUUUUAUUCUAGAAACUCGUUGGGACCAACCCAAAAGGUUUUACACAGCUGAAGAAUAUGCUGAAAAUUACACUGAAAUUGCUGCAAAAAUAGCAGCUAAAAAUCAGUCUUUAAUUAAUUCUGGGAAUGUUUCUAAUAAUUUUGAAAGGAAUCAGGUGAUACCUCCCAAUUCAGCUCCCCAAUUACCUGCUAGAUUAAAUAAUAAAGUACCUACACCUCUUGAGCGUCCAAAAAAGGAUCAGAAGGAUUAUUUAAAGAAGGAAAGAAAAAGAAGAUGGGACAAUAAUGAAGGUUAAAAAAAAUUUUUUUGAGAAAAAUUUUUUUGAAAAUUUUUAAAAUUUUCUAGAAAAUUUGUACAGAAAAGAUAUAUCUUUAUCUUAACUUUUCCGUCUUCUAUUCAAUAAAUUGAAUAGGAAAAAAUUAAAUUAACCUGAACACCUAAAUUUAAAAUAAAUACACAACUUCUUUCUAAUUCUUUUAUUAUCAAAAACUUUCUUUUUAAUAAGGGAAACACAAAAGCCUACAAAGAUUGAAUGAGAGGGUUUGUAAAGAAAAAAUGAAUGGAAGAAUGAAUAAGAAGUGAAUUUUUGGGGUUUAGGCUUUUGUUUUAAAGCAAAUUUGUGGGCGGAAAAUAUUAAAAAUAUGAACAUAAAAUUUU